CUGUUCUCCUCCGAUUAAAACAAAAAAAAAAUGAAGGCGGAGCUAAAUUUACCGGCGGGAUUCCGAUUUCACCCGACGGACGAAGAGCUAGUCAAGUUCUAUCUCUGCCGGAGAUGCGCGUCGGAGCCGAUCAGCGUUCCGGUGAUCGCGGAGAUCGAUCUGUACAAGUUCAAUCCAUGGGAGCUUCCAGACAUGGCUUUGUACGGAGAGAAAGAAUGGUACUUCUUCUCACACCGAGACCGAAAAUACCCAAACGGUUCACGUCCGAACCGGGCAGCGGGAACCGGUUAUUGGAAAGCGACGGGAGCUGAUAAACCAAUCGGUAAACCGAAGAAGUUAGGGAUCAAGAAAGCGCUCGUCUUCUACGCGGGGAAAGCUCCUAAAGGUGUGAAGACGAAUUGGAUCAUGCACGAGUAUCGUCUCGCUAAUGUCGACCGCUCUGCUUCUUCCAAAAAGAAGAACAACUUAAGACUUGAUGAUUGGGUGUUAUGUCGGAUUUACAAUAAGAAAGGAACGAUGGAGAAGUAUUAUCCGGCGGAUGAGAAAGAGACGGCGAUGAUGAUGACUACUACUACGACCACGUCGGAUUCGAAAUGCUCAAGUCACGUGAUUUCACCGGACGUCACGUGUUCAUCCGAGGUUCAAAGCGAGUCCAAGUGGGUUGAUGAUCUUGUUGAGGGCGUAGCGUUUGACGCGUCCGUGUUCGGCUCCUUGCUGCAAAAUGACGCUUUUGUCCCUCAGUUUCCGUAUCAGUCCGACUUCGCCGCUAUGUUCGAGGAUCCGCCGGAGCAGAAACCAUUCUUGAACUGGAGUUUUGCUCCUCAGGGGUAAAACUGUAAAAGAGCAUAAAAUUUGGAGCUUUCUCAGAGCACCUGGAAACUGCACGGGUCGGAUCUUGACCCGGAAAUCAAGAUUGGUCAUACAAACUACUGAGACAAUCAACUUCAGAUUCUUGAUACAAACAGUGACCAUAUAUGUAUUCAUCAUAAUCAAUGAGCAUGAGCUUAUUUAUCUUUUGAUGAAACAAAUGUACAUUUUUGUAA